CCUUACCAAAGUCCAACUCAAGAGGAAUUGAGUGUCCGAGGAGAAUGCUGGUACCAUACAACGUAGAAGUGGAGCCUCCACCUCGAGGGCUGCAGAUGGAGUUUGAGACCCUCUUCAGCACUGAAGCUCUGCAGUUUCUCUCAGAUCUGUGCUCCAGGUUCCAACCAGAGGUGGACAAGGUCCUGAAGAUGAGAAUCCUACGGAAGGUUGAGUUGGAUCUCACCGAAGAGCUGCCGUGUUUCAGGGAGAACACGGCACACAUCCGGAAUGAUCCGUCCUGGAGAGUGAGUCCCGUCCCUGUCCGACUGCAAUGCAGACAUGUGGACAUCGGUGACCUUUCACCCUGUGACACGCAGAGACUCACGCAGGCCCUCAAAUCAACAGCGCAAGGAAUACAAGUAGAUUUUGACGAUGGGAACUGUCCGACAUACUACAAUCAGAUAAAAGGCAUCUAUAAUGUUUAUAAGGUCGUGCACAAUCAGUUUCAUGAUGCCCCGCCCUUAUCCCAGGCCCCGGUUCUUAUGCUCCGCCCUCGUGCUUGGAACAUGGUGGAACACAACAUGUUGGUAAAUGGUCAGGAGGUUCCUGGUCCUCUCUUUGAUUUUGGUUUGCUGAUGUUCCAUAAUGCAAAGAUGCUGCUUGAGAACCAGAGCGGGCCAUUUUUCUACCUGUCCAAGGUUGAGAGUUACCUGGAGGCCAGGUUGUGGAAUCAGAUUUUUCUCUGGACGGAGGACAGGCUGGGCUUGCCAGUGGGCAGUAUCAAGGCGACGGUGCUGAUAGAGUGUGUACUGGCUACGUUUGAGAUGGAAGAGAUCCUGUACGAGCUCAAAGAGCACUCCGCCGGUCUCAACUGUGGCAUCUGGGAUUACUCUGCGUCCUUCGUGAACAAAUUUGGACAUCGUGCUGAGUUCCUGCUCCCUGACCGCAGCAAGUACGUGAACAUGGAGAAACGUUUCCUGCGCAGCUACAUGGAGCUGCUGGUGCAGACGUGCCAUCGUAGGGGCGCGCUGGCCACCGGGGGCAUGGCAGCACUGCUGUUACCCAAACACCGAGACGACGCACUGUACAAGACUGUCCUGAACACCGUCAGCAGGUUGAAGCUCUUGGAAAUCGAAGCAGGAGUUGACGGCUUCAUGGUAUAUGACAUGAACCUGAUCGAACCGAUGCAAAAAUUGUUCCAGCUCCAUUGUACAGCACAGAACCAGCUCCAGAAGCUACGCGAUGACGUCAGCGUGACCCCAGAGGACCUGCUCACCAUGCCAGCCGGUGGAGUAACGCUGACUGGACUGAAGCACAACAUUGCAGUCGGUGUGUUGUUCAUCGAUGCGUGGCUCUCAGGCAGAGGACAUUUCUUCUUUAAGGGACAGGUGGAAGAUUCAGCGACUGCAGAAAUCUCUCGGUCUCAGGUGUGGCAGUGGAUCAGACACAGGGUGAAACUGGAGGAUGAUGGGAGGACCGUGGUGACUCGUGGGUUUGUCAGGAGCUUAACACACGGCAUGACGGCUGAUCUGAGGACAGCAACGUGCUGCCAGACACAAAGAGAUGACGAGAGAUUAAUCACAGCAGUGUCCAUGUUUCUGGAACUGGUCCAAAAGAGUGAUUUCCCAGAAUUCCUCACAACCUACCUGUACCUGGACCACACCUUCCUGAGUGCUCAGUGUGAGCAUGAAGACAGAGGGACGGACAGAUCUCACCGAGCCAGGCUUUAA